GCGAACGAAAUGCCUCGCAUGUGACACGUCGGCUCGGCUGUGUUUUUACGCACGCCUUGGAAAAAGGAGUGCAGCCGUAGAAGGUAAACCGAAAAUAACAGAGCCGUUGUAGUGUCGAAACUUCAAAAUGGGCACGCCGGUUCCGCCCUAUGCGAAGAUUGAUGACCAGAAGGAUGCGUCUAGCAAACAAGAAGCAGAAGUGUACAGGUGGACAUGGACUCCAGAAAAGGUCUACCACUGGGCGAUUUCCUUCACACUCGGCUUUUAUGUCCUGUGGCGGUACGCGACCAACGAAGAGAACACAUUUCUCCUGGAGGAAAUGCGGCAUUCCUUCAGAGACAGCCCAUACGGUCUUCGGCAAAAGCAAGACAUGACGAAUUGGGGAUGGCGGACCACAAAGUACGUCGUGACCACGAUGUGGAAGUGGUACCUUUUGCAUCCCGUGCUAGGCCGAGCAACAGCCUACAUUGCGCCGUCGCUCGUUCCCGUCUUCUAUGCUACCUACUCCGCCCUGUUCGUGACCUUUGCCUUUGGCUGGGAAGUGACCAUCCUGUUCCUUGGACAGCACGCGGCGUUUUACGCCGCGGCCACAUUGCGCUUUCCUGCCCUUUGCUACGUGGUCGCCGCUGUGAUUCACAUGCAGAAGUUUGUGCUUCCUGUCGAUCCAAUCGAAUACAUGUAUCCCAGGUACGGCCUGAUGCCUUACAGGGCAGCCUUCGUCGGCUUUCACUGGAACCUCAUGCGCGGACUCAGCUUUAGCCUGGACUACAUUCGAGCCAAACGCGAGAAGCGCAGCGAUGACAACCAAAGCGGGUGGCCGCCUUACUGGCAGUCGCUGGCGUACUUCCUCUACCUACCCACAGUCUACCUGGGACCACCGCAGAACUACGACGACUUCGUAGCUCAACUGAACAAGACGAGACCCCCAUGCACGGUGCGGGUGACUGCUGGCGCCAUCGGGAGGUUACUUCGUUCCGGCGCCCACUUCUUCCUCAUGGAACUAGCUACUCACUUCUGGUACAGUUCCGCGAUGGCUGAAUGGCCCUGGAUGGCCGAGAGACUGGACCAGUUCACUUUGAUCGGCUACGUCGCAUCCCUGCUAUUUAUGUUCUACAUGCGCUACCGGUUCACCUACGGCUUUGCCGGCGCGGUGGCCAACGCGGAAGGCAUCGAAAUCCCGCCACAUUCUCCGUGCAUAGCCAUAAUGCACAGGUGCUCGCACUUCUGGAGGUAUUUCGACCGCGGCAUGCACAAGUGGAUUCGAAGCUACAUCUACGAGCCGAUCGUAGGUGGCCGUCGCAGUGUUCUCCGGUUGCUGCUGGGCACGGCGGUGGCCUUCACCUUCACCUGGGUCUGGCACAGCAUGUUCACGAGUGACGGUGUCUGGUGCGCGCUCAGCGUGCUCGGCAUAGCGCUCGAGGUGAUCACCAUAGAGGCGAGGAAGUGGACGCCCAUCAAAAACUUCGAGAGCCGCUACGUGGCGUCAGCUGAGCGGAUGCGAGUGGCCAGGGCCUUGCUGGGAUCCCCGCACUUCCUGCUCACCAUUUGUGCCUGCCUCUUCCACUUGGCAGAGCUGGACGUAUGCCUCGUCAUCUUGGGAAGAGUCCUAACCGGUUUUCCUCUCCCCAUGGUUCCCAUCUUGGUGGUCCUCUACAGCGCCUGCAACGUGGCCAUGGACGUGGCCGAGUGGCAGGCGUCGGCCGUAGCCAAGCAAAAUCAAGCUUGGUCGUCAAUUACACUUGACCGCACCGCGUGACAUAACUGUUUCGAACGGCAUCAAUCGCAUGUUGCUCCUUUUGUAUACUAACAUUGGAUUAAUAUCGUUAGUAGUAGAAAUAUUUUAGAGCUAAGGUGUGUAUAAGAGUUUCCCGGUGGUUAUUGAGUGGCAGUGGUGGCAGCGGCAACGCGUUUCCGUGUAUUGAACAUUGUGGUUCUACAGGCGGGCAUUGCGCGCAGUGGCACACGCGCUUUGUACAGAGCAGAGCCGGUGCCGUGUAGCCUGCGUGUUACAUAUGAACAUGCCUCUGAUAAAGCGGGCGCUAUAGUAGCAGUGAGCUAGGAUCUAGGGGGCGUUCGGAAACACUCGCCUAUUUUGAAAUAAUUCCAAUGAAUAGAGUGAAAUACUUUCGCGCAGCCUUGGGUAGAUAUCGGCUACGGGCCAGCCAGGCACAAAGGACUUCGAAAAAAAAGUGUCAGGGAUCUAUCAUACAGCUUCGCUCACUGUGAUUCAUGAGUUGUUCGCAUAUGCACACAUAUACAAAAGCUUUUGUGUGCGUCUGAUGUUUCCUUUUUUAAUAAAAUAUUUUCGAAAACAAA